AGCAUAAUUGCGCCACGUCGCUGCGCCGCUUAUCGGCGGAUUCUGCACCGGGCUGAACUGAGCGCAGUUUGUUCGGGGCGAGCAAGCGGAGCUGCGACGGUGUAGCCGGGUACGGGAAAAGGGGAAGGAAACUCGGCUGAAGGGACGGGGCACCGGCUAAGAGUGGUUGGCGAUACAGGAUAAGAUCAGGGAUUACUAGAGAAGGUGUGGGAGAAGAUGCUGACCGACAUGAUUGUGGAGGAAGAAUUUGAAAUUAAAGAGGAAGAACCCUGGUAUGAUCAGCAGGACCUUGAGCGGGACCUGCAUCUGGCUGCUGAACUGGGGAAGACGCUGCUGGACAGGAACCGGGAGCUGGAGGAAGGGAUGCAGCAGCUGUACACCACCAACCAAGAGCAGCUGCAGGAGAUUGAGUACCUCUCCAAGCAGGUGGACCUUCUGAGGCAGAUGAACGAGCAGCACGCCAAGCUGUACGAGCAGCUGGACGUCACGGCGCGCGAACUGGAAAAAGGCAACCAGCGCCUGGGCCUGGACAACCGCUUGGCCCAGCAGAAGAUCGAGAGCCUGACGGAGACGAUCGACGGACUGCAUGCGCAGGUGGAGGAGCUGCAGACGCAGGUGGAGGAGCUGAAGGGCGUGCCAUCGGGGUGCCUAGAGCAGCAGCGGCGAGCUCUGGGCACGCAGAGCGUCUCCUGUCUGGAGGAGCUGUACGGCAUGCACAGGUACUCGUCAUGUGAUCAGGCACAUGUGCAGGGCACCCUGCUGGCCAAGGAGGAGAAUGCGUCCUUGAAGCGCUCCAUGCAGACCCUGCAGACCCAGCUGGGGGCGGAGCAGAGACGGCGUGCAGAGGUGGAGCGGGAGGCGGAACACCUAGCUCAGGAGGUGGGCGAGCUGGAGCGCCGGCUGGCAGAGCUGGAGGGCAGCCAGGCGCGGGUGCGGGAGCUGGAGGCUGAGGUGCAGGAGCUGCGAGAGCUGUGGAGGGCCGAUGGCGGCGGAAGCAGCAGGGAAGAAAGGCUGCUGCCCGAUUCUGUGUUCUUUGAGCUAGGGGAGGGGCCAAGCCCUGUGGAGGAGGAUGAGCUGAAGGGGGCCUCGCAGCGGGGCCGGCACGUGCUGAUUCGCCAAGCCAGUGAGAGCUUCCUGAAGGGCGGCGCCGGCGAGGAGUUCCGGCUCGGGCAUGAGCGCAUGUGCAUCCGCCGCGCAGAGGUGGUCAAGGAGCGUGGCAUCUCCCUGCUUAACGAGGUGGACGCCCAGUACAGCGCCCUCCAGCUGAAGUAUGAUGAACUGCUGCGGCACUGCCAGCAGGGCUCAGAGCAGUGCAAUCACAAGGCAGUGCAGACUCCCGCGUCCAGGCCGGGCAGCCGGCCGUCGGGCGAGGAGCCCUCCUCUCAAGCCAGCGUCCCUGAGGCCGAUGGCCAGCAGCCCGAAUACAAGGCCCUCUUUCAGGAGCUCUUCAGCUGUAUCCAGAAGACCAAAGAGGACCUGAGUGAGAACAAGGCCAAGCUGAGUGAAGCACAGUGACGCUCCUGUGCAGCGGGUUGGCUGUGGGGUGGGGGACACCACAAGUGGAGACCUGGAGGUCUGAAGGUCUGAAGCUCCACAUCACAGCUGGUUUGUGUUUGUGCCGUAACACCAGCCCUGGAAACAAACACCCCCCCCUCCCCCCCCCCCACUCUGUCACAGAGGUGCAUCAGCUCUGUGGACAUUCGACUCCUCCCUCACGCAUUCUGUGUUUUUUUUUGUUUUGUGUUUAACUUAUUUAAAACCUGCGUUUUACUGUAUUAAUGUCAUUGCCAGGCUGGGGCACUGGGGCUUGGUCCAAGGAAUGACUAAACUGUCACUUUCACUGUUUCGGAAUGAGCUACUGCCUGUGUUUGAUAGUGUUAGAGGGGCAGUGUCGUGUCUGUGUGUGUGUUUUUUCCUGCAAAUGAAACUGUUGAAAAAAAGAAUAUAUAUAAUUAGAAAGAAAGGAGUUUGAGUAGGUUGCAUAAUGUAUGCAAUGACCAAUGUAUUGAUGGUGGCAUAUCUGUGCUUUAUACCCCUGAGUAUAUGAAUGUCGUCGUCAUGAACCCACUAAAAUAACUUGGAAAUGGCAGCGUGUUUAUGCGGCGCCCAGACGGAACCCUUGAGGACGUAACUGUCUAGUGUGGUGUUUCUCACAAGCACAGAGGUUGGUAUGUAGCGUUAAAAAGACAACGUGCCCCAGGAGUGUGCUGUGUAUGAUAAUUCUCUCUGGGUUUCUCCUGGCCAGUGUGUGUUGUCCUUUUGGAGUGUGUAGAGAUGUAAGGUUUUGGUAUGUUCCAGUUCAGUUCACUGUGUUCCAGAAUUACCGUGGUUCGUUAAUUUAAUUCCUAUUACUCAGCAGUAUUCAGCUAACAGGAGUCGAAAUGUAGUUUGUGACAUGUGGAAAGGUAGAUGAUAGUGCGAUUACACCUACAUGCUGGCCCUCCAGCAACACUUUGGAUUCCUUUGGAAUGUUAUGCUUAGUUUUUUUGCUGCAGAAUCUCAGCCCCAUUAUUUUUGAUGUGUGUUUUGAAGAACAGCGAAAAUGAUUGUUAACGUUAACUCAGGAGCCUCACAGGAUGCAUAAAAUGUGCAACGUAUUACUCAAACCCUGCACACUGACUUUAUUACUAUUUGUUACAGGCUUAAUCUAAGUGGUUGUUUUUCUUUUUCUGAGGUUAAACAAGUACUACCAGCUUACCGGAUUUAAGUUCAUUCCUCCCAGAUGAGCACAUACUGGUUUAAAUCCAUUCCAUACAAUAGUGAUUAAGUUCUCCGAUUACAAUUACAUUUUAAAAACCCCAUAAUGAAAGAUGAGAGAAUUACAGGACAUACGAGUUUCUAGUUUGGUGGUGCUUCAAAUCAGAUUUGCACUAUUUUUGUAUGCCCAUCGCAACCAUAUCAAUAUUAAACAAUGAUUUUUUUUUUUGUAAUUAAUUAGCUAUUUACAUACCCCGCAAUAGGAUGACAGGGAUUGGCCCAUUGUAUUUUUUUUAGUCUGGGAGGGAGGUGAACGUUUAACAAAUGGAUGUGGCCAGGAACACAAUACACAGAAGACAAAGGGCAUGACUCAGGGCAAGGACUCGGCCUGUGAAGACACCCAGCUCAGCUUUAUUCCGUUUUGCGCAAGAGAAACCAUCUCCGUUUCCCAAAACCAUUAGAGCACUCUUACCGGGGAGGUGAUCCUUGUUUAACUGUAUCUAGCACGUGUGUAUAAUGUAAAUUACAAAAGUAUAAGCUCUAUACAUGUGCUACACGCUAGGAGAGCGUUGUGUUGUAAUAACAGCACAGACUUUUGUCUGGAGAAAAACCAAUAAAGUAAUUUGUGACGAUAUGAA